AUGAACUCACCUCGACCUGACAUGCCCCAUUCGUUAAUAAAAUUAGAAUCACCAGAGUCAAGUAAUAAAUGCAUUGAAUAUCUUAAAACUAAUCCCCUCCCAAUUCUUAAUUAUAAAUGUAGAGCAGAAGUAAGUAAUGCAGAAACAUUAAAUGUUAAAACUGAGAGUCCACAAGCACAUGACUAUACGAUUAGUCCUAGAUUUGUGCAUAAAACUCCAAUAACAAGAGUAUUACUUGUUAAUGAAUUACCUCGGUAUUUAACCCCACAACCCCCUUUUCAUUUUUAUAAUCUUUUUUCAUUAUAUUGGUCUAUUAUUAAAGUUAAUGUUCUUAGUGAAAAAUGUACUGUAAUGAUUGUAUUAUUUGUGGUUGGUGUUCAGUGUUUAUCGUCAUAA